AUGGGCGUCCAAAGGAAGAUCAUCACCCGCGGCAGUGGUGGCAUGCCUGCGAUCGGGGACAAGAUCUCCAUCCACUACACUGGCUGGCUUUACGAUGCCAAGAAGGCCAACAAGGGCUUCCAAGGAAAGCAGUUUGACAGCUCCAGGACACCCGGUCGGGGCCCUUUGAACGUUCAGAUCGGAGUGGGGCAGGUUAUCAAGGGUUGGGAUGAGGCUGUUCAAGAAAUGAGCCUCGGUGAGAAGUCAAUGUUGACCAUCACUCCUGACUACGCCUACGGUGACAAGGCAGUUGGGAAGAUCCCAGCCGGAUCGACUCUGAUUUUCGAGGUCGAGCUCCUCAAGAUCAAUGACAAGAGCAAAUAA